GUGUCAUAUAAAAACAAGUGCAACUGUUUUACAGCACCUACACACAUUGGAUAAUACCACACUAGACGCCAACGGCCUGAGCGUAGUAAAGUUCUGUUCUGUUCUGUUCACGCGUGUGUAGAAACUACUCAGAAACACUUGCCAAGAAAAGUCACGUGAUAUGUCCCACCCUGUCUAGCGUGAAAAUAAUUUUGACAAGAUGGCGGACCAGUCGGUAGAGUUGACAGAUGAACAAAAAGAAGAAUUAGCAAAUAUUUUUGGAACGAUUGACGUUGACGGAAAUGGAUUUAUUGCACUCGAUGAACUGGGGGCUGCACUGGAAUGCUGUGGAAUCAAACACCCCGGGUACUACGUCCGAGACCUCAUCACAAAAUACGACAAGUCUAACGACGGAAAGCUUGACAUGUCGGAAUUUGCAGAACUGUACCGACAGGAGAAGCAGAAAGUGGACAUGGGGCUGAUGUUCAAGAAGCACGUCAGUAAAGCAACUAAAGUGAAGCACACCGGAGGAACAUCAGAGGUUUCGUCGGCAGGGACAACCCACAUGAUCAAAGAGGGGGAGGAGGUCGCCUUCACAGACUGGAUCAACAAAAAUUUGGAUGACGACCCAGACUGUAAAAAGUACCUUCCUUUGGACCUAGAGGGCCAAGCCCUUUAUAGAAAUGUUGGAGACGGUAUUAUUUUCUGCAAACUAAUCAACCAAGCAGCCCCAAACACAAUUGACGAGCGGACGAUCAACAAGUCAAACCUGAGUGUGUACAAGAAACAUGAGAACCUGAUGUUGGCGCUCAACUCCGCGUCCUCCAUCGGCUGCAGUAUAGUGAACAUCGGUGCUGAUGAUUUACACCAGGGGAAACCUCACUUGGUGCUAGGCCUUCUGUGGCAGAUCAUCAGGAUUGGUUUGCUAAGCGACAUAGAUCUUCAACAUCACCCUGGCUUGGUUCGACUGCUCAUGGAAGGGGAGACGAUCGAGGAUCUUAGAAAGUUGUCCCCCGAGCAGAUUCUUCUCCGGUGGGUCAACUAUCACCUGGCCAAUGCCCCAGAGACAGACCGACAGAUCAGCAAUUUCUCCGAAGACAUAAAGGAUUCCGAGGCUUACACCUAUCUGUUGCACCAAAUAGCACCGCGAGAAAAAGGUGUCCACACUAAUGCCAUGGUGGAACAAGAAUUAGAAAGCAGAGCUGAACUGAUGUUGCAGGAAUCAGAAAAACUUGAUUGUCGAUCUUUCAUUGGACCCAAGGAUGUGGUGAAAGGCAACCAGAAACUGAACCUUGCGUUCGUUGCCAAUCUGUUUAACAAUUACCCAGCCCUGGAGAAACCCGAUGAUUAUGCCGAGAUGGAUAUCAUCGAGGAGACGAGGGAGGAGAAAACUUAUCGGAACUGGAUGAACAGUCUGGGCGUGAAGCCGUUUGUCUCGUACCUGUACAGCGACCUCCAGGACGGCCUCAUCAUCUUUCAACUGUUCGAGAUAAUCAAACCAGGCUCCGUCAACUGGUCGAGGGUCAUCCAGAAAUUCAGCAAAAUCAAAGCCAACUUCCAGAAACUGGAAAACUGUAAUUAUGCAGUUGAGCUUGCCAAGGCUUUUGGGUUUUCCCUUGUUGGCAUUGGAGGAACGGACAUUCUCGAAGGGAAUCCAACGCUAACACUUGCACUAAUCUGGCAGCUGAUGCGAGCGUAUACUCUACACAUUCUUGCCAAGUUGGCAGCUGGUGGCGACAAGACUAUGAUUCUAGAGCAGGACAUUCUAGAAUGGGCAAACACUAUGCUGGCAGGAAAGAGUAAAAUAAACAGCUUCAGUGAUCCUAACUUGUCUGAUGGAGUCAUCAUACUGAACCUCAUCGACAAGCUCAAACCGGGCUGUGUCAACUUUGACCUCGUUAAAAAGGCAACCACUGUGGAGGAUAAACAGAAGAAUGCCAAAUAUGCCAUUAACCUUUCCUGGAAGCUCGGUGCUAGAGUGUACGCCUUGCCGGAAGACAUCGUAGAGUCUAAACCCAAAAUGAUCAUGACAAUGUUCGCGUGUCUGAUGACACGAGACCCGAAGUACAUGGGAAACAACAUGACGGGCGGACUGACCAAAUAGAGACUCUUACCUAACUGCUGCUUGCUAACAUACAUCACCACAGCUUUCUACGCUGAUACCUGUUUUUUGCAUCACAUUGUUGACUUAUUUUCGAACUACAAUCGCAACUUUGUGGAAAAAUCAAUCAGUUUGGCUUUUGUAAUAAGAGAAUAUAUGACAUAUAUAUAUAUAUAUAUAUAUAUAUAUAUAUAUAUAUAUAUAUAUAUAUAUAUAUUGUGACAUUAAAAUACAUUUUGUGUAGUUGUUAACCAUUAGAAAAGCCUUGUAGUUAAGUAUGUAAUAGUACUUUUGAAAACAGCCGAGUUGGUUGAUUUUCAACUCAGUUGAUUUGAGAUUUUUUUAUUUUUUUUAUUUUUUUUUAAAUUAUAUGAGACAUCAAAUAAUGAUUAACUGUUGAUAUAUUUAGAACUAAUUAAUACAUUAUAUUACACUGACAGAAAUAAUUCAAUAAUGUUUAAAAUACCUAAUAUAUUAACUUUGUGUUCCGACAAUAUUAACUGAUUAGUAAUUUGGGUUUUUUCAACUGUAGGUUAAUUUAUAAAACCGUAAUCAUAUUGUAACUUACAAAAACAUAAACCGUGUAUUAAAUUAAAUGUAUAUUAUAUGAAAAAUUAGUUUCUUACUUUAAAAAAAAGGUUUUGUGAAUCUUCUUGCAUAUUUGCAAAAGUAGUCCAAUCAUUUUUAUAUUAUACAUAAAAUAAUUUUAUUUUAUUGAAUGAAAUGCAAUUCAGAUAAUCACAAAAGAGGUUAAAUUUAGAAAUAUUGCAAGCGUUCAUCUUUAGAGUAAUUGUUAAAAAAAAAGAAAAAUUCAAAACGAUGAGUUCUGUUUUGCCAGUUUUAAUAUUGUGAAACAUACUGUUAAAUUUAAACUUAAUAUUUUUGUGAAUGUGUAGCUCAUUACAUUGUCAUAAACUGGAUUUUUUUUUCAUUCCUUAGUUGAGAUGCUUGAUGCAAAGCACAAAUUUUAGUAGCUAAGCCGAUCAUGUUUUAUUCUUCAACCUCAACUAAUACACUGUAGAACUGUUAAAAGUAUUGUUAUCGACUUAUACAGUAUCAUGUAUAGUUUUAAUUCGUUUGCAUAUCCAUUUAGCAGAGAGUGCAUAAUUGGACCAGCUAUUAACUUUUUAUAGCGUCAUUAAAGUAUGUGCCUAAGAACGUGUAGAGUAGAUGUGUACAUAGUAUGGGCUUUUGGAACAAACAAACAGAAAGAAAAGGGCUAUUUGUUUAGAAUCUGAUUGUCAAAUGCCUUUAAAGAAGAGGAACAGAACUUUUGUUAUGUUUUGUUACAAUUAUUUUUAUAUACGCGAUUUGCCCCCACUUUUCUGGGAUGUAUAUGAAAGAAUAUAUGUAUACAGAAUUUAGUGUGUUUUCUUUUGUCAAAUGAGUAGUUAUAACAUUGUAGGAUCAUAUGUGACACAGGCUUACAAAUUGAGGAAAUUAUGAUUUCUAGAUUUAACAAAUUAUUAUAUUGUAGGAUCAUAUGAGACACUAUCUUGGAAAUUGAUCAAAUGAGGAGUUGGAAAUGUUUUUGAUACAAGAAGUUAUAACAUUGUAGGAUCAUAAUAUGUAAUACAGGCUUGGAAAUUUGUAAAAUGAAGAGUUAAAAAGUUUUUAGAUACAAUAAAAUUGCUAAAAUGAGAAGUUACAAAGCUUUUGUAUACAAUACAAUUAGUAAAAUAAAGAGAAAGUUCCUGGAUACGAUAAAAUUGGUAAGAUGUUGAGUUGGAAAGUUUUAGAUCCAAUAAAAUUGGUAAAAUGAGAAGUUACAAAGUUUUUGUAUACAAUAUAAUUGGUAAAAUGAGAAGUUACAAAGUUUUUGUAUACAAUAAAAUUGGUAAAAUGAGAAGUUACAAAGUUUUUGUAUACAAUAAAAUUGGUAAAAUGAAGAGUUGGAAAGUUCCUGGACAAUAAAAUUGAUAAAAUGAAGAGUUAUAAUAAUUGUGGCUUGUAAAUGAUAUAUUUUUAGGAUUGGCUUGAGGCUUUGUUAGUUUGGUUGUGUUUUUGGAGCAGUGUAAAACAAGCUGUUUAGACUAGUGACACUGGCUCUUGGAGCACUUGGGGUGCUGUAAUUUACUUGCUUUGUUCACAUCAUAGUCACCAUAUAAUGUCUACAUCGUUCAGAUUUAUUUGCCUUGCAGCUAGGGAUUUUCUUUAUAACAUCGUCCAUUAUCACAAAACCAAGAAAAAUAAGAUAAAUGUGUUUAAGAAAUGAUAAAUAUAUUUUUAAAAUUACACAGAUUUUAUGAAGAGUUGUAGAAUUAUUCGUCCUAGUCAUGGUAUAAUGUCUGUAUCUUUGGGAUUAUUUGCCUUGCAUUUAGGAAUUUGUUUUUAUAGCAGAGUCUUGUUAGCACAAAACCAAAAAUAAAUUAACAAAUAUGCUUAAGAAAUGGAAAAAAACAUAUUUUAAAAAUUAGUAGUGAUUCUAUGAAGAGUUGUAGAAUUAUUCCUGUUUUUGCUUAAUUAUUAAGUUUCAUAUUUUAUUUAAAAUCAUUAUUUAGCAUUGACACAUUGUUUUUAAAACAUAAUUUUUUUUAAUAGAUUGUAUUUGCUACUAGUAAGUAAAAUUUCUUACUAAUAUUUAUUAAAUUAACGAGGUUUUUGUUUAUAUGAUGAAGCUUUACAAAAUGAAAGCCCCAAUGUUUAUUACUGCAGGCUUGUAGUGCUACAUACAUGGCAGUUAAUUGAACUACUAUUACAGCAUCAAGUUUUCAAGUUUGACUUCAUGUGUAAUGACGACAAGUUGAGUGCUUAUUUGUGAUUUCAUGGUGAAAUGUGCAGCAAACCCCCUCAGAGAUAAAUUCAUCAAAUAAAUGCUUGUCAUUCAGAAAUGGACAUGGUUAACAUACUGAAUAGCUUAUUCUGUAGGAUUAAAAUCUAAUGACCAAGGUAAUUCUUUUUUUUUAUAUAGUUUUCUCAUCUUGUCUUUUUUUCUUUUUAGUGAUGUAAAGCUGUAUUAAAAAAAAAAAAAAAAAUUAAAUAUAAAUAAUCUGGGUGAAAGUGAGUCUCCUUGUCUUAAACAUCUUUUCUGUUACCAAGAAAGGAGUUAAGAUCAAAGUGUAAACUUAGCAACAUAUCAGAACUUAACAAACCACUGUUUAGUUUGCAGGAAAGAUUAAAAGGUUUGUAGAAAUAAUAUUUUAUACUGAAAAGCUUGAGCAAGUGUUAACCUUUUUGUAAACUGUAUAAAUUAAUAAAUUAGUAUAUUUACUUUGCAUGUUACCUUUUAUAUAAUAUAUUGAAUUGUUUUGUUUGUUAACAGUAUUUUAGGGACAACUUUGGUAGCUAAGAUUUUAUUUAACCAUUUUUAUUACCAUCACAACGCGAGUAUUUGUUUUGUGGAAAGGCUUGACAGUAUAAAUCACAGCUUCAGUUAUAGAAAAUUAAUUUAAAUAUAUUUUUGAAUUAUUUCUUUAAACAUUUUGAUAAAUUCAAUUACUACUUGUUUAAUUUGUGGUCGAUAAUUUGCCAAUUGUCAUUCCAUAUACUUUUGAAUGUUAUGUUGGUUUAUAAAUAUUUUUACGGAUAAUUUAACAAAAGUGACAUUUCAUUUUGAAAUAUUUUCUUUAUGGUUUUGUUGAUAAUUUGUUACUUUGUGGGUCCAAUAUUGACAUGAGAAUUGUUACAUCCUUACUUUGCAAAAUAUGUUGAUGAUUUUUAAUUCAGAGAGAUCUUUGGUGUGUUUCUGUUGGAAACUAGUUUAUUUAUCAAAUACAUGUACUAAUGUGAACAAUGAAGGAGGCCAAUGUGUUGUCAGAUGCUUGAGAAUAAUUCUGGUGACUAGUUAGGAUAGAAAACCGUGCUCUAAAUUAAUAUGCACUGUUAGCUUAUUUGUGCCUUUAAAAUAAAUAUGUACAAGGAACGAAAUUGUAUUACAAUAUGAAAACGUUUCCACACCCACACGUCAAACAUGUCUUGUUUGUUAUUUAACUACAAUAAUGUGACGAUAAUCUCUUCAUACUGUGUUAAUUUGUAAGGCUUACUCCCAUUUGCUCGAAUUCCCAAUUGGUCGAACUGCUAAAACAACAACAUAUAUGGUUCAGUGGUCUUACUGACAUGCAUGUUACCUCAGUCAUUAUAAUGAACUGUUCCAGAUUAUUUGGAAACCGAUUAUUAUUGUAUAGAUGGUAUAAAUAUCGCUUAACACAUAAAGUAUGCAAAUAUCGAAAUAAUCCAUGUAGUGAAUGUCUGUAAUUUAUUAAAAUGAAAAUUAAUUAAUAAAAAUUUGUAUAAACAGUUUUAUUCACAAGAGGUCAUGGAGAAACUAUGAAAAUAUGUUUAUAUACGGCAGCCCGUUUAUGUACAUUGGCAAAUAAACCAUUGUGCGUCUAUAAUCAAAACUUGUAUAAACAUGAAGAGGCCAUGUUCAUUACAUACACAGGUAAUCAGGUAGUGGUUAUAUAACAGACGAGUACUUAUUUUUCCACCAAGUGGCAUUUCGACCAAUUGGGAAAAUGGGACACCAUUUUUAAUAUACCAAUAUUCCUGGCCUUUACUAUGAGUAUUUUUUACUUACAUUUUGCUUAAAGUUUGAGAAAUAAUUAUACAUUUAAGUAAUUUCAAUGCAUUGACAUAAAUGUAUCAAUACUGAAUACAAUUUUUGCAUUUUGCAGUUUCAUUUGAAUUCAUAAAAUUUCUGUUAGCUUACUAUUUACAUAAACUACAAAAAUCAGUUAACUCAUGGUUAAUUGUGAUAACUGUUGGGGUUUUUUUUGGAGGGGUUUCACAUGACAAUGUUUUUAUAAAACCUGUUUUGACUGUCUUGUACGUGACUGUCUAAUGUACGAGUCUAGCGAUGUGACUCUGUGGCUAUUUUCUAGCAGAAACACAGGAACCGUUAUGCAAUUUUUGAGUACCUUAACCAGAGCUUGAAAGAUGUAUGCAGUGUUGUAUUUAUAUUAAUAUCAAGACUUUUGAAAGGAAGAUUAAAUUUUUUAUAUAGAGGUCAUUAUUUAUAUUUUACAGUAAUUUCUAAUACAGACUUUAGUUGUUAGUAAAAAAAUAUCACACUCCUCCAAAUAGUUGGUACUAAUAGUUAAAGUGCAUUUGUUCCAAACGAGGGGCAUAGUGUUCCAUACCCUGCGGAUUGAUUUGACAACCUGAGGCACAAUCAGUCUCAAAAACAAGUCUUAAUAUCUUAUUUAUUUCAGCCUCAAAUAUUUCUAUGCAGAUUUGUAAUAAAAACAAAUAUUAAUUUUCAUUGCAAUGUCCUUUUGUUUUUGUUUUUUAAAAGAGACUGUUUCAUUUGUGUUUGAUAAUAUUUUGAUCUUUUAGUUUCUAUGUAAGUGAUCCACAUUCCAGAUGUUUACAGAGCAUUAUUGCCGAUGAUUACUCGACAGCUAUCAAAACAUUAAAUCGUACUUAAGACUGUUUUGUGUAUGUUUUGUUUUCAUUUCCUACAAUAUUUAGAUGUGGUGAUAUAUCGUUAAUUUCCACACUGAACUGAAUAAUUGAAUCAGUGAAUUCAAUCUUAAAAGAAACAUCAAUUAUUUAUUGUUUGAAUUUUAUAUCAAUAAAAAUGACUUAUAUUUUUAAGAAUGCUACCUUUUUCGUUGGAUAAAUUCUUAUUGCUAUGGAAUAAGGUGUUAUGUUGAUCAGAAUUAACGUUACCUACAAAAGUAAAUAGAAUGAGUGUUAUGUUAAAAAAAAACCUCAAAACAAUGAAUAGGCUGGACAGUGUUCAUUUUUGUAUCAAUAUUUAAACCACUAGGUAUGUGCUUGGUACACAAUGACAGUUGAGAAGUUGUGAUUUUCUAAUAAAAUCUGUGAAUAACAA